AUGGUUCUACGGAUUGGAUAUGUCCGAGAACACUUCUGUUCUCCCCUUCUACAGUUCGAAGCAGAAGACAAGGGUUCGACGUUUACUCUUGUCGAGUGCCCUAGUGGCACAGGCCAGCUGAUCUCCCGACUCACGAAGGAUGAAAUCGAUAUCGCAAUAGCUCUUACAGAUCCCUUGAUCGCAGGGAUCGCAAAGGGCUCGGAGGCCUACAAGCUCGUAGGGAGCUAUGUCACGUCGCCUCUCCGCUGGGCGGUUAUAACGGGCCACAAACCUUCACCAUACAAUCAAAUCUCCGACCUCCAAGGCAGCACCAUCGGUAUUUCAAGAAAUGGCAGCGGGAGUCAGACAAUGGCGUAUGUCAUGGCGUUACAGCAAGGCUGGCCCACGAGUGAGCUCAAGUUCCAAGUCAAUAACGACAUCCGCGGCCUCAUUAGUUCCGUGAACGACGGGACCACGAGCGCUUUCAUGUGGGAAUGGUUCACCACGAAACCAUUUGCUGACGCGGGGGAAUGUCGCUUCAUUGGUCAAGUUCCAACGCCAUGGCCCUCCUGGCUCAUUGCAGCGCACCCGACACGUGCAGAAUCGGCUGCCGUACGCACGUUCCUCGACGAUCUCUCGCGUCACGUUCGUGCAUUUGCGUCUGCGGAGGCCCGAGCGGGACCGAGUGUGAAAUUUGUGAUGGAUACCUUCAAGUACCCUGACACAGAUGUCAAGGAGUGGCUUGAUGCUGUGGAGUACCCCGAAGACUGCUCAACGAUACCGUGGAACGUCAUCACGGACACGUUGGGUGUCUUGCAACAAGCUGGCGUGGUAGCCCCACCUGAAGGAGCCAUCAAGCAGGACCAAUUUGUGAAUAUGAACGUCGUGACACUCGUUUGA